GUGUGUGUCUGUGUGCCAAGUUCUUCGAGGAGGCCCCGGUUCGGCGCGGGUGUCCGCUCAGUUUCCACUAAUUUUCCCGUUAUUUUCGCGAGUUUUGUAGUUAAAGCCGAUCCCGCCAUGCUCGGCCAGUGACGGUUUCGUUAAAGUGCUAGUUUGCGACCGGUUUCGCGCACGAUUGGACUGAGAAAUUCAAAUUCCGGAAAGCACGCGUCAACUCUUCUUCCUCUUUCCGGGCGGAAGGCCGGAUUGCUGAGUGAAAUUUAAACGGUCGGAAGAAUCAUGCUGCUGCUCAACAAGGUUCUGUUGUUUUUCGUGGCCCUCCGAGUGGCGUCGGUGUUCCUCGUCAGGACCUGGUACGUUCCGGACGAGUACUGGCAGAGUCUGGAGGUGGCCCAUCGGCUGGCGUUUGGCUACGGCCAUCUAACCUGGGAAUGGACCGAAGGAAUACGCAGCUACGUGUACCCAUCACUGAUCGCAGGCCUCUACAAGCUCCUGGCCCUGGUUAAUCUCGAUUGCGUAGAGCUGCUGGUGCUACUGCCGCGCAUACUGCAAGCCCUGCUCUCGGCCUACUCGGACUAUCGUUUCUACCUGUGGUCAAACAAGAGCAAGUGGUCCGCUUUUGUGCUGGCCACCUCGUGGUUCUGGUUCUACACGGCGUCGCGUACCCUAUCCAACACACUGGAAACCUCGCUCACGGUGAUUGCUCUCAGUUACUUCCCGUGGGGCGCGUCCGAGUGUACCAAGUUUUUGUUGCCGGUUGCGCUGUCCGUAUUCAUUAGACCGACGUCCGCUAUCCCGUGGGUCCCACUGUGCUUGUACCAUCUGAAGAAGUCAACCCACCCGAUUUGGGAAGUGCUGCUGAAGCGCUAUUUACUCUAUGGAUUAAUUGUCGGGACCGCCACCGUGGGUUUGGACAGCUUCCUGCAUGGAUCGCUGCUGGUAUCGCCGUACGAGUUUCUCCGUUACAACGUUCUCAAGGGUGUCGGCAGCUUCUACGGAGAGCACCCGUGGUACUGGUACGCUAAUGUGGGUCUUCCAACCGUACUCGGAGUCGGAACUCUGCCGUUCUUGUUCGCUGCGGUGGAAACCAUCCGAAAUCGACAAACCUUCAAGGAACGGUCCAUCCUGCUGACCGUGAUCACUUUCACGUUGGUGAUUUACUCUCUGCUUCCACACAAGGAGUUCCGUUUCAUCCUGCAGAUUCUGCCGCUUUGCCUGUACGUGUCCGCAGAUUAUCUGUCUCGCUGGAGUAGAAAGGCUUCCGGGAAACUCGUCUGGCUCACUGCCAUCGGCUUACUCGUUGGCAACGUCCUGCCGGCAGGCUACCUCAGCUGGGUUCACCAACGGGGUACGCUGGACGUGAUGUCGUCGCUGCAGUCCAUUUCGCGCACCUAUCGUGACGAGUUCGAUCAACCGGCCAAGCUUAUAUUCCUGAUGCCCUGCCACUCGACGCCGUACCACAGCCACGUGCACCACAACACGACGAUGCGCUUCCUGCGGUGCGAGCCAAACCUCAACGGGGUCGAAAACUACUCGGACGAAGCGGACACCUUCUACAGCGACCCGAUGGGCUGGAUUAGGAAGAACCUGCCGGUGCACCCACGCAGCGCCCUGCCCAGCCACGUGAUCGCGUUCGACAGCUUGGAGCCGCGCAUCAAGGACUUUUUGUCGGUGUACAGACCGAAGGAGUCGUUCUUCCAUUCGGACUACACCACCGACCGGAUUGGUGGAAAUGUGGUAAUUUACGAGCGGUUUGAUCCGACGAAGCCCUCUACGGAGGUGCCGAUCGCGCAGGAAACGACCGAUAAUCCUGCUGAAGAGGAAGCGGGGGAGGCCUAAACGAGGCUUCGCGUAAUUCUUUAGUUUAGUUUGUUUUGUGUGCAUUUGACUUGGUUUUCCUUCAUUUCAUAAUAGUAUAUUUUUUGGAGUACGCGAUUAAAUGUAAUUGUUAAGCAAAAUUUGGUGGCAGAAUUUAAAACGAGCUAAAAGUUUACAUUACUAAAAUGAGGCAAUAUUGGACGAGAUGUUUAGCAAUUUUCUAAAAUUCUAUUUUUAAUUCUACCAAGAAACGUACUCUGUCCAUCUGAUAGCUAUAGUAAGCACUGCAUUUGACUUUCUUUGAGAAAGGAAGAGAAUGGCAUUGAACAAGUGUGUUUGAUCUUAUCCCAGAUAACUGCCAGUAGGUAGUAGUAAGGUUUGUUUGAUUUCCUAGAUGUCCUAUAAAGAAGGACAAACAAUGACACCACCAUGAACCUAGAUUUAGAUUCCCAGGGAUUGCCGAAUACCUUGCUCGAUAAGUUUACCAUAUUUUUUAAAAAUAAUAAAGUGUUCAUAUUUUGAAGAAA